UCUACAUUCCACUUGACAAAGAUUCUUUUAUGUGCAUUCUUUCUCGUCAAUCAUCGCACGAAUAUCCAACUAAAGGUUAACAGCAACAAAACAGCAACCAAAAGACACAUGAAGAUGGCAAAUUCAACCAACGACGUCAUAUCUAUCGAAUCAUCCGAUAGCGACUCAGACUGCCAAAUUGUGGAAGUCAUUCCAUCGCCUCCUAAGCAAGGCAAGAACAAGCCGAGAUGGCGGAACAAGCUUUCCAGCAAGACACAAACGAGAAGCAGAGAAAUGACGAUGCACCAACUAGACAAAGUCGUUUAUGAGGAUCGUCCCAACAUGUCAUUAGCAUCCAAAGAAUUCGCAGAGCUCCUGAGCGUGGAUUUGACGGCAGCGGAUUGUGGCCUCCAGGGUACGAACUCCAAGACGGAUCAUUUGCCUGAUAUAGAGUCAAACGAUGCCGAUGCGGUGCCGCAUGUUGAUCUGGAGGAUCCUUUCUCUGUUCAACGGUACAUUAAUGACGAUUCGGAAGUAGCGAGCAUUUCAUUUCCACGCUUGACGCAAAGUGUGGAAUGGAAACAAGAACCUCAUUUCAAAGAUGUCGAUGAAGAUGAAGAUGAAGAUGACCAACGGAAUACUCGUUCUAGGUCUGGCUCCACGGCGACUCUCGACUUUCCCCCCGAGCGGGAAAGCUACAGCGACUCGGAUAAAGAUAUGCAUGAGGUUGUUGGGAUAUUUGACGAAGCGUCCGAAUCAACAGGGUUGACUGAUAAAAGAAACUGUGCGACGUUGGAGGCUGGUACUAUGAGAAUGAUACUGCAUAACACUGGUUACCUUACGCCAACUGAGGAAGCUUCUUCAGAGAGGUCGGAUCCGAUUAUCUCGAAGAUGGAACUCCAGGAUGAGGAAAGGGCUUUUGAAGGGGAUUCGUCAAUUGGGCCGCUGAAUGCUACACUGCCGCCUCACAAAGAAGCAUCCAAAUCCGGUCAUCAACUUCCCCAGGCAGGCAGAUGGGACUCAGUCGUCAACGUCGCUGCUUUCAAAGCUCUACCAGGUCCAUUGUUUACUCGGCCUAAACAGAUACUUGACGUGGUUACAUACGAGUCCAUGAUGGAAGAGAGGGCAGCGAAGGAGGCGAAGGAGGGGAGAGGAGAGAAGAUGCAAUAGUGUAGUAUCCCGUUGACUUGAGUUUGUUGGAGUUUGUAGUUGUAUGUAACACAGAUGGUUUAGCAUUACCAUCAGGUGGCAAAGACAAAAUUGGGAGCAGGAGGAUAGUGUUAUGUAUAGACCAUGGAUAUUUACAAUACAGGGCACUGAGGAGAUUCGCCGUCCUACAUUGAGGUGUGAAGUCGUGCUAUACCUCUUGAGCUCUGGUCCCUUUUUGAAUAUGGAAUAUGGAGCAUCUACUGCUAAGC